AUGAGGUUUGUAGAGUUUCAAUUAUGCCACUUGCUUCUUGGUAUUGCUCUUGCAUUGUGCUUUAACCAAGUCUCAUCCACCACCAAUGAAACAGACAAAAUCGCAUUGCUCGCAUUUAAGGCCGGCAUAACCGUAGAUCCUUUCGGCGUGCUUAACUCAUGGAAUGAUAGCAUUGGGUUUUGCCAGUGGUAUGGCGUUACGUGUGGCCGGAGGCACCGAAGGGUCACAAUUCUAGACCUGUCAUCACAAGGACUCUUCGGAUCAAUCUCUCCUCAUAUUGGGAAUCUCAGCUUCCUAAGGAAAAUGUUGUUUCUCAACAAUAGUCUCGAUUGUGAAAUCCCUUCGCAAGUCGAGCAGCUACGCCAUCUUCGUAGCUUACAACUAGACUUCAAUUCAUUGGUCGGUGAAAUUCCCAAAAACAUGUCGAGUUGCUCUAACCUUGUCACCCUCUGUCUUCAAGGCAACCACCUAACAGGAGAGAUUCCUGGAGAGCUUGGUUCACUAUCAAAGCUACAGGUGUUCGCUUUGUCCGGUAAUAAUUUGAGUGGGAGUGUGCCUUCCUUUAUUGGAAACUUAUCUUCAUUGGAGGUCCUUCAUAUAACCUCUAAUAAAUUGGGUGGGAGCAUUCCCCAAGUUCUAGGCUAUCUGACGAACUUGAAAGUCAUGGCCCUAAGAGGAAACAGAUUGUCAGGUACAAUUCCAUCUUUAUUAUUCAAUCUCUCUUCACUAGCUACAUUUGAAGUUGGAGGGAACCAGAUACUAGGGACUCUUCCUACGGAUAUGGGUCUCAAGCUCCCAGCUCUUGAAUAUUUUAGUGUCGUUGAGAACCAACUUGAGGGACCAAUUCCCCCGUCGAUAUCAAAUUCCACAAAACUAACAAGGCUUCAACUUGCAAUUAAUAAAUUAUCUGGGAAUGUACCUUCAUUUGAAAAUCUGCAUGAGCUUCUUACACUUGCAAUCUUUGAUAAUCAGCUUGGAAGUGGAAAACCUGGAGACUUAAGCUUCCUUUGCUCGUUGACCAACAACACCAAAUUAACGGGUGUGAUGAUUUCGGUAAACAAGUUUGGUGGGGUGUUACCAAAAUGCAUAGGUAAUUUAUCUACUACUUUCAGGGGACUUGGAAUAGAUAAGAAUCAAAUAUUUGGUGAGAUUCCAGAAGAAAUCGGGAAUCUUGUCAAUUUGAAUAUAUUGUCCAUGCGUUUCAACUAUCUUUCAGGUGGUAUGCCCUCAAAUAUGGAGAAUCUACAAAAUCUAGCAAUACUACAUUUAGGUAGAAACAACUUGCAAGGGACCAUCCCAUCUUCUUUUGGAAAUCUAACCAAGUUGAUUCAACUAUAUCUUUAUGAGAACAACUUGCAAGGGAAAAUUCCUUCCCAUCUAUCAAACUGUCGAUCUCUUAAUCGUCUUGAUUUGUCUAAUAACAAUCUCAGUGGUGCCAUACCCCCACAGCUUAUAGGUCUCUCAUCAUUAGCGAUCAUUUUGGACUUGUCUCAUAACCAUCUGAUUGGGGUUCUACCCAUAGAAGUCGGCAACUUGAGAGCUUUGACUAUGUUGGACAUCUCGGACAAUUUGUUGGGAGGUGAAAUCCCUAGUAGUUUAGGUGAUUGCACUUCAUUGACAGAAUUGAGGAUGGGGGGCAACUUCUUCCAUGGGUCCAUUCCUCAAUCAAUAAGAUCAUUAGGAGGCAUUGAAGAGAUGGAUCUUUCACGUAACAAUUUGUCGGGUCAGAUUCCAGAAUUCUUAACAAUAUUUCAUUCCUUGAAAGUCUUGAAUUUGUCGUAUAAUAAAUUUCAAGGCAUGCUACCAUGCGAAGGAGUCUUUAAGAAUGCGAUUGGUACUUCCAUUAUUGGGAACAAUGAGCUCUGUGGCGGACUGCCAGAAUUUCACCUCCCUAGCUGCAUCUCUAAAGGCUCCAAGAGAAGAAAGAUAAAUAUAAUGAUAUUGUCCGUUUCCGUUAUUUUUGGAGUUCUUGGAACAUCUCUUUUUCUUGCUCUUAUAUGUCUCUUUUGGUUGAAGAAGAAAGCAGAUAAACCCGUUUCAAGUUCGAUAGACAAUUCAUGUUUGAACUUAAGUUAUGGAACACUCCUAAAAGCAACUGAUGGAUUUUCUUCAAUGAGUUUGAUCGGUGUUGGAAGCUUUGGUUCUGUAUAUAGGGGGAUACUCGAGGGCGAUGGAACUAUUGUUGCCGUGAAGGUGCUUCAUUUAAUGCAUCGCGGUGCUCUAAAAAGCUUCACAGUCGAGUGUGAGGCAUUAAAGAAUAUCAGACAUCGAAAUCUUUUGAAGAUACUAACAGUUUGCUCGAGUACUGAUUAUCAAGGAAAUGAUUUUAAGGCCUUAGUCUAUCAAUUCAUGGACAAUGGAAACCUAGAACAGUGGCUACAUCCAAAUGCAACCUCAUCUCAUGGCAAUGAGCUUCCGAAAAAGUUGAAUUUCAUUUGGAGGAUAAAUAUUGCUAUUGAUGUUGCUUCUGCACUAGAUUAUCUUCAUCACAGGUGCCACAUCCCCAUCGUUCAUUGUGAUUUAAAGCCGAGCAAUGUCCUCUUAGAUACUCACAGGGUCGCACAUGUGGGCGACUUUGGAUUGGCGAAAUUUCUUCUUGGAUCAUCUCCUGAUAUUGUAGCUAAUCAAAUGAGCUCAAUGGGUCUUAGAGGGACAAUUGGUUAUGCUCCACCAGAAUAUGCAAUGGGAUGUGAGGUCUCAAGAGAAGGAGAUGUCUACAGUUACGGUAUCCUCUUACUAGAGAUGUUCACAGGAUUGAGUCCCACCGAAAAUAGAUUCGAGGACAAUUUGACUCUUCGUAGUUUUGUCACAACAGCUUUGCCUGAACGAGCCUUGGAAAUUACAGAUCACAUUCUACUUCUAGAAAGAGAGAGUCAUUUCGAUCCCAAUAGUCGUCAGCAUUGGCUUUCCGAAAGCAAUGACAUAUUUCAAGAGUGUUUGGUUACAGUAUUUAAUAUCGGAGUGGCUUGUUCCAAUGAAGUGCCUAGAAGACGGAUGAGCAUCGGUGGUGUUGCAAAUCAACUGCAAAAGACUAGGGAAAAGCUCUUCGCAUUGGGUUUCCAUGAACAGGAUGAACUACCACAGGACCUCCGCUUGUUCCGCCGAGGAUGCCGCCACCAGCUUGGAGAAACUGUUGACCAGGCGACCGUGAGAAUCGUGACAGAUGCAGGCGAUGGCAACCCUGUGUUCGUCCUCUCCUCUGUUCUCUACACAAGCUGUUGCCGCGCCUUCGAUCCUAGCAAAAGGGGCAUCUAUGUUGAUUUUCAGUGUGUCCGAGGUCGAGGGUUGCCAUUUGGGCAUGGGUUUUUGACUGAAGAUGAACCGGUUUUGGUCUUUCCAGAUGCACCACAAGAGAGCUAG